UUUUCAGUGAAAAUGUGGACAACGAGAUUCUCUCGGUAUUUAAUUAAAAAAUGUAUCGUGCCGGUGACUUCGGAGGUCCUAGGCUCUGUAAAUAAUUGUAGAAUAAAGAAUGACUUCUGCACUAGGUGCACCACUUCCUUCUGCAGAUUGCACACCAAAAAUUCGACCAAUGCCCUGGAGAGUGUCGAGACCGAGAGGGAAAUUGCUCCUGUGAAUAAAUUCGUUCAGCGAUCUCAUACAUGUGGAGAGCUAACUCUAGAAAAUGUUGGAGAAGAUGUUCAGUUAUGUGGAUGGAUGGAGUUCCAUCGAAUGGGAAAAUUCGUCAUCCUGAGGGAUUCCUAUGGAUCUACACAGUUGAUUAUUCCAAAUGCUAAAAGUGAUUUAAUAAGAAUUGUGAAGCACCUGUACUUCGAGAGUGUCCUGAGCAUCACUGGGACGGUACUGGCUCGUCCCCCAGGACAGGAGAAUCCAGAAAUGAGAACAGGAGCAAUCGAGGUGAAAAUCAAAUCCCUUCAGGUCCAUAAUGAGUGCCUCCCCCAGCUGCCGUUCUCCAUCAGGAAAUUUAAUGUCCCCAAGGAGAACCUGCAGAUGCAGUACCGAUACCUUGCUCUUCGGUUUCCCUUUCUGCAGAGGAAUCUGCGAGUCAGAUCUCAGCUUCUCAAUAAAAUGAGAUUUUUCCUCAUCGACGACUGUGGAUUCGUCGACGUUGAGACUCCCACGCUCUUUCGUAGAACUCCAGGGGGAGCACAGGAGUUUGUCGUCCCUACCCAGCAUCCAGGGAAAUUUUAUUCCCUCGUCCAGAGUCCCCAGCAGUUUAAACAGUUACUGAUGGUCGGAGGCAUCGACAGGUAUUUUCAGAUUGCCAGGUGUUACAGGGAUGAAACAGCGAGACCGGAUCGUCAGCCGGAAUUCACUCAACUUGAUAUAGAGAUGUCUUUCACUGAUCGAGAGGGAAUCAUGACGAUGGUGGAGCAGCUGAUUGCGAAUUGCUGGCCGAAGGAUUUUGGAGACGUAACGGUUCCUUUCAAGAGAUUUACGUACGAGGAAAUCAUGGAUAUGUAUGGAUCUGAUCAGCCAGAUCUCCGGAUUCCAUAUCGAAUACACAAUAUCACAAAUUUAUUAACAAGAAAAUUGAGUGAUAACGUCGAAAACUUUGGGGUUUAUGCUUUAUUGAUUCCAAAAGGAUCUAAUUUUCUUACGAAUUCUGUGAAAACACAAAUGAUGGAACUCAUUAAGGAAUUUAAGUAUACGAAAGUGGUAUUCAAUCAAAUGAAGGCUUCUGGCUAUUGGCAGGAAAAACUCGAAAGUAAAUGCAAUAUAGAUGCUUCGAAAUUCCAGCUGGAAUUCAAUAUCCAUGAGAAUGAUGCAGUAUUUAUUGCUCAAGGGCAUAAAGACAAUGCAAGGAAACUACUUGGUAAAGUCCUUAAAGAAUUUAGCAAUAUCAUGGAAGCAAAGGGUUUACCGGUAAGAUCGAAGAGCUUUAAUUUUUUGUGGAUUGUGGACUUUCCGUUAUUCGAAAAAACUGAUAAUGAUACUCUCGCGUCCACCCAUCACCCUUUUACUGCACCUCACCCUGAAGAUGUACAGUACCUCGAAAGUGAUCCUCUAAAGGUUCGAGGAUUGCAUUACGAUCUGGUGCUCAACGGUUCUGAAAUAGCUGGAGGUUCAAUUAGAAUUCACGAUGCAGAAUUACAAGAGAAAGUAUUAAACUGGUUAAAUAUUGAUACUUCUCAAAUGACGCAUCUGCUGGAGGCCUUGAAGAGUGGGGCACCCCCUCAUGGAGGAAUUGCAUUCGGUCUGGAUCGAUUACUAUCAAUAAUGUGUGAUUCCCCGAGCAUCAGAGAAGUAAUAGCCUUCCCCAAGACUGGAGAUGGCAAAGAUCUAAUGUCCGGAGCUCCGGCGGAGAUCUCUGACGAGGAAAAAACUCUCUAUCACCUGAAAAUGACAGCUGGUAAAACAUCAUGAGAAAUAAAUAAUUCAAACAAUUCCCUGAGGUGUAUAAAACGCAGUUUAUUUUAUUAAACAUAUCCUCUCAAAUGUCCCCACGGAAUUUCUAAUAAACUACAGAAAAUGAAGAUUGAAAAAUCGUCUCUAACACAUUGAAUUCAAUAGUGAAAUGACAAAAGGACAUGAAUUUCAUGGAGAACGCGAUUACGACGUUUUGCCAUUUCCCUAGAAAUAUUUUCACAUCUCCCAGUGACUCUUUCUGGUUACAAAUAUCCUAACAGUUGUGAGAUAUUAAUUACUACCGCAUAAUAAUCACACAAUCACACCUUAGAUGAACAAUAGCCCUAAAAAUCAAUAUUUCCUCUAGCCCUUCCCCGAAUUAUUGAAAUCCAGAUGCAAUUAGGGUAAUGACUGUGUCGAAAUGAGAGGAAAGGACAGAGGAAAAAAUCUACCCCCAGAAAAAUAUAUUAAAAAUAUACAAGGGCUCACGUUAGUGACGAUCUUGUCAAUUUUAUAGGACCGAAGAAUAAAAAAUGAUAGAAUGUUGGAAAAUUUAAUUAGUCUGAGAAUAAAUUCUGGUAUCAAACCCAAGAGAAUUUUAGUUUUGUUAAAUAUCGAUUGAUUUGAGCAAACUAAUAGUUCCGUACUCUGUACUUAUUAAAUUUUAACAGGGGGUACAAGGAUUUCUUAGAUAUUCAUCCUGCAGUUGAAUUGUGACUUAUUACUAGUAAUUAUUGAUUCGUUACCACCAAUCAGGACAGAAAUUCGAUUCCCAUGGCUUAAAAAAAUGCAUGCAGAUGUCUCGACAUCCUGGAAGAUUCUCAAACAUAAAUUAUGAUUAAUUACAAUUCAAUCGUCUGUACCUAAUGACAAUUAUUCUCACUUGCGGAUUUUAUCGUACUAUGGAGAAUCAGCUGUUGCGUUGUUAUUCUAGUUUUAAAUAAAUUGUAAUUUAUCGUAUUAUGCGGACGGAAAGGGACGCAUCUCCUCUAAUUAUUCAGAAUAAUUAGUGAUGACAUUCAAAUGAAUUUUCUUGACAAACAGUGGGUGGAGGAGAAAACAUCGAAAUAUUCUGAAAAUUGAUUUUCUCCAAUUUCUUAAAAUUUUGAAAACUGUGAAUGUUGAAAAUGCAAAUUUAAUCUUUACAGGUAAUUUGUCCCCUUAGCACGAAAAUGCAAUUAUAUACAUUGGUAUCAGGGCAUUUAAAUAACCCUCAACCUACAUUCCCUCUUACUCCUUAACUAAUAGACAAUUUAAUCAAUAUUCAUGUUAUGAUUCAUCUCCGUUUAAUUUCGUCUCUCAAAUCUGUAAUUAUUAUACAAUCAAAUACAAAUGAAUCCUGAAUUAUAAUUACGUACAAUAAUUCUGAUAAUUUUUUUUUUGUGUAAAAAAAUACUAUAUUACAUAGGGUUGCACGUACACUCGCAUAAUCAAUUUGCCCAUACCGAUAAAUAGGUACAUACACCUCCUCAACACUCAUACCUGUCACACUAUAAAUUUUUUUUCAUCACAUUGUAAUUACGUAGAUUCAAUCGCUACUCGUCAUUAUUUCAUAUUCCCUCGACUACUGUCAUUAAAAUGAGAGGACAAGGGGGAAUGUUUAAUUGGUAGAAAAGAGGAGAAUCAUUGGAGGAGAGCGACUAUCUAAUCAAUCUAGUUUUCCAGAUUAGUAACUCACAGAGAACAUUAGAUAAAUGCCCCCCUGUCCCCCUUCCCCUCCCCCCUCUUUGUCAUUUUAAUGAACUUUAUUAUAGAGGACUCAUUUAUAAAUUAUUGCCCAUUAUUCAUUACCUCAAUGUAUGUCAAUCACAUUUUUGCGAAAUAUCUCCGAUAAUAAGGGAAAUAGCGAAAUUUUUGUAAUAACUUUUUUUGCUGCUCUUCAUUAGCUCGAUAAAAAAGAUUCAGACAAAAAAUUCAUUAUCUCGCUUACUUUCGGCGAUAUAUGCAAAAACUCAAAUUAUUUUUUUAAACACUUCGCGGGAAAAACAAUUCCCAAUUGAAAUUUCAUUUUUUCAAUUAAAAAAAAAUACUAUUUUCAACUUUCUGGAACUAAUUUCAUU